AGACCAACACCAGCUUCCCCACUCUGGAGAAGGCCUAGAUGAGGAAACUGAGAUCCAAAAAGAGAAACCAACUUGCCCAGGCUCACCUCCAACAUGCAGAUUCCUGCCAUUCUGUCUCUGCUGCUUGUGUCUCUGGGCCUCUUGGACUCCCUUCAGGUCCAGAGGCACUCCAUCACACGACGAGACAUUUUCUCUCAAGAAACACCGCUGGACAUGGCCCUGGCCUCCUUUGAUGACCAGUACGCUGGCUGUGUGACAGCCAUGACAGCUGCCCUCGCGGAACUCAAUGACACAGAGUUCCAGGCCAACAAAGUCUAUGCAGAAGGCUGGGCACUGGCAAGCAGCCAGUGGCAGGAGCGCCAGGCCUGGGGGCCAGAGUGGGGCUUGAGCGCUACCCGGCCAUCCCCGCCGCCCCCUGGCUUCCGGGAUGAGCAUGGGGUGGCCCUUCUGGCCUACACCGCCAACAGCCCCCUACAUAAGGAGUUCAAUGCAGCUGUGCGUGAGGCUGGCCGCUCCCGGGCCCACUACCUCCAGCACUUCUCCUUCAAGACACUCCAUUUCCUGCUCACAGAGGCCCUGCAGCUGCUGGGCACAGGCCAGCGUCCACCCCGGUGCCUCCAGGUAUACCGAGGGGUGCAUGGCCUGCGUUUUCGGCCUGUAGGGCCUGGAGCCACAGUAAGGCUGGGGGGCUUCACCUCUGCAUCCCUGCAGAAUGUCGCAGCCCAGCAGUUUGGAGAGGACACCUUCUUUGGCAUCUGGACCUGCUUAGGGGCUCCUAUCAGAGGUUACUCCUUCUUCCCUGGAGAGGAGGAGGUACUGAUCCCUCCCUUUGAGACCUUCCAAGUGAUCAAUGCCAGCCGACCAGCCCAGGGCCCUGCUCGCAUCUACCUCCGGGCCCUGGGCAAGCGCAGCUUGUACAACUGUGAGUACAUCAAAGACAAGAAGUGCAAGUCUGGGCCCUGCCGUCUGGAUAGCUCAGCCACAAGCCAGGCCUCCCUCUCUGCAGUCUGCUCCCUGCUGCUGUUGCUGUGGUUCCUGGGGACUCUUCCAGCAAGUCCAUCCCGGCUCUGACCCAUCAGACACCAAGCAGCCCCGCCUGUGCCUCCACCAACCGGAGGAUGUUGGCCACGUGUGUGCUCUAAGUGUUCUCCAGCUCCCUGGUAAAUCCAUCUGCAGCUGCCAGACCUCUGGUGGACUCAGGAGUUUGGAGACUGAACCUUGGGCUCUAAGAGUAAGGCUCUUGCCAGAGGUGGGCAAGAGGUGGGAGGACUCCAGGACAGGUGGCUGCUCACUUGGAGACAGAAGGGGUGUUGGGGUAAGGGGAGAGCAGUUGGCCAUGAGACUUGCGUGACUCAGAUGCUCCCCCCUCACCCAGUGCUCCUAGUCACUCCUCAGGAAGCCGUCCCUGGCCUUU